AAUAUUUCCAUGCAGCCGCAAGCGCAAUGGCCCUCGGUAAAAUCGACGGAUCUAUUUUACUUUUUGACAAGGAACCAACACCUGCGAUCGCGGUACGCAAGGACGUAAGACGAUGGCACAGAAAAAAGGCAGAGAGGCACAGGCUGCAGGCAGCAAAGAGAAACUUGAUUUUCAGCGUUGCGUCGACGUCAAUGGCACCGUUUGCUCAUCUGACCAGAUGCAAGUAGAGAUAAACUGUUCAGGCCCGAUAAAAUAGUUGUAUCAUCCGCCCGUCGUGCAAAGGCCACGAUGUGGGUUAGUGGUUCCUCAGCCACACACAUGCCGUAGCAGCUGUCAUUGGCUCAAAUUGCCUCAACGAGCAGGCACUACCGGAAUUGGUUACCUGCAGGAGACUAUGACAAUACUCAAAUAGGCUACCCUCUUCCAUUCGUGCGAACCAAGCAUGAUUUUCCAGGGAAGUUGGGAAUGCGGU